UAUAUAUAGUUGCACACAGGCUGCCAAAGCAAGCUGUGUCAUUCAGCAAUUGCCUGCAAAUAUCAGGAAGGGAUCCAAGACCUCGCAUCCUUGCAUACAGAUAUCUAGUAGGAAUGGUUGCCAUGGUGGCAUCGUCCUUGUUCGCAUCCUUGGACAAGGACGGCGACGGCAAGGUCUCCGCCUCCGAGCUGCGCGGCUGCAUGGCCGCAGCGCUCGGCGAGGACAUGUCCGAGGAGGAAGCCGCAGCCAUCUUGGCAGCAGCGGACGCCGACGGCGACGGCCUGCUGGACCGCGAUGAGUUCUUGAGCCUGGCCCGUGAAGCGGAAUGCGCCGCCGACGAGGGCGGCAGGUACGAGUGCCUGAGAGAGGCUUUCGGGAUGUACGCAAACGCAGCUGACGGGGAAGAGCAGUGCAUCACGCCGGCGAGCCUGAAGGAGAUGCUGAGCCGGCUGCUGGGCACCUCGCAGCAUCUAGGCAUGGAGGAGUGCAGGGCCAUGAUCUGCAGGUUCGACCUCAACGGCGACGGCGUGCUCUCCUUCGACGAGUUCAGGGUCAUGAUGCAUGAUGGCCUCAUGUGAUUAGAUCAGCCAUCAUUCCACGCAUCAUGUGUAUCCAUCCAUUCCUUGAUUUGAUUCUUUCACUGGUUUCGUUGGUUCAAUUUGCUUUGCUGCUUAAUUACUUGUACUUGUUCGUUUUCUUCUCGGAUAGUUAAUUACUUACGUGUUCGCUAA